AUGGACGAACAACUUCAGUGCGGGCAGAAUACCUCACGAAUAUUCGCAGGUAAACGUGCCAACACUGCAGUCUGCAAGGCACGCCGCACCGUACGCUACAGUGCAUCCAUCAUCGAGUCUGACGAGGCACGAGGCACGCGGCACGCCGCACGCCGCACAAGAAGCAGAGAGGCAGAGAGAGGGGACGAGCCCAAUGGGUACGUACUGCCGUCAGGAACGGAACAACGGGACAGGAAGAAACCAAGGCCAAGACCAACCAACCCACACACCCGCAGGCUGCAGCAGCCCCCUGCAGAUGCUUACCUCAGCGACAAAUCAUAUUGCGCCGCCGGGCAGCUCAAAGUCAACUUCAAACGUGCUUGCUCCGUGCCACCACCAGCAACGGCAGCAACAGCACCACCACCCUCGCCCUCACCAUCAUUACCACCACCCUCACCAUCACCACCACGAUGUCUGCCGACCAACAAUGUCAACGAUGUUGACGACGUCCCAGCUCCAUCAUGGCGCACUCAUAUACCCUCCUUAAUUGUUGAUUACGGGCACGCCUACCUAUGA